AUGUGCGGCAGCGACAUCUUCCUCGGCCUCAUCGCCAUCCUCUUCCCGCCCAUCGCCGUCUGGGUGAAGAGAGGCAUUUGCGGUGCUGACAGCAUAAUCAACAUUCUUCUCUGCGUUCUCGGUUUCCUUCCCGGCCUCAUCCAUGCCUGGUACAUCAUCGCCGUCACGCCCGACCCCACCUACGUCCAGUUGCCACAAGAUGCCGAGCAGGGCCGCGUGACGUAUUACUACGUGCAGACGGGGCCUCACUACGGCACUACGGCUCAGCCGGGGCAGCAAGGCUAUGGAACGACGCAGAGCGCGGCGCCGAAUGCCUCUGGUUCUACUCAGCCAGCGCAGGCAGCAUCACGGGAGGAGGUGCCGCCGACUUAUCAACAGGCUGUGGGAGAUCACAAGGUUCAGAAGCCGUAA